AAAUAGCAUUAUUAGAAAUUUUAUUGUGCUUUUUUAAAAAAAUAUUGUUUUAGUUCCUUUAUUCUUAUUUUCUCCUUACAUAAUCAAAAUUUCCUAGUUGAUUAUUUUAAUCUCAUUUAAGAAUUGAUAUUUAUUGAAUUACGUGACUUCUAGCACUAACACGUUCAUUAUAUAUUUUAUUUUUAUUUGCACUAUGAGGGCUAUCCCGUUACGUCAAAUGAAUCCGUGAAAUUACUAAUCGUCACACCCACAAUUUUGUUAUUAAUUAUAUCUCUUAUAACUGAAAUUAUAAUGUCGUAGUAAAUACAUUAAUACCUCUUAAGAAAGAUGUUCUUUCUGUACCAGUAAAUAGAUUAAUCAAUAAAAAUAUGAAUAAAAAGCAAUUAUUAUGAAGAAUAAGAUGAGGACAAGUAUAUAUGUACGAAGCAUAUAAGAGGCUUUUAUAAAAUAUAAAACAGAAAACUGGGAGAAAAUUAAUUGUAUGGCGAAUUGUCAAAAUAAGAUACAAACGAAUUUCUACUCUCUUACAAGUAACCAUUUGGAAAUUUGAAAUGAUGGUUGACUGAUGAUUCAUGUACUUAUAUCCGCGAUCAGAAAGUAAAUGUACUCGGUAUAGUGCUUAUAUUUGAAGAUUAAAUAGUUUCUGAUUUCAUAAAAAUUUUAUUCAAUCAAGCAAACUUUUUGUCUCUUUUCUAUUCUUUGUAUCUCUAUUGCGUUUCUAUUCUUAGUAUCAUUGGUCUUUUAUCAAACAUAGUCCAGAGAUAAGAGUUCAUUGAGAAUAAUUGCAAAGUCAAUGUAUUACUCUUCACGUGUGUAAAUGGAACAGUAUGUAUAGUCGAUUGAAUUUAAUUAUCAUAUUGAUGUAUAUCUUUAUAUAAUAUAACGAAUGGUAAAAUAAUCGCGUAACUUCGCGAGAAUAAAUAAAUAUCUAAAUAACAGUUACAUAUUUAUAUACACGAAUAGAUCUCAUGCGGAAAAACAGGAAAAAACUUGUUUUAUUUAAUUUGUUCUGUUCGUUACAAUCAGCAUAAUUAUAUUUUAACAGACGAAAUGUACAUAAACGAAAUUUACACAAAAAAUAUAUCUAAUGAAUUGGAUAAUGCAGAAUACAUUUUAUGAAAGAGGAAAUAGCUAAUACAUUCUUAUCGAAAGUAAUUUUGAAUACUUCACCUGUUUUAUUAGAAUCAAUAUAUACAAUUUAUCUCAAUUUUCUGUGUAUUAUUAUUUUUUUUAAUAAAAAAUGAAGAUCAAGAUAGAUAAAUAAAAAAUAUAUUUUGUAAAUUCAGAGAUAUCUUAAGAAUAAGCAAGUAUUUAUACAGUUGAGUGCAUCGCAUACCUUGAACAUACCUUGCACCAACAACUUAAAACUAUAUUUCAAAGGGGUCGUUGCGAGAAAAUGACCACUUCAAUUCUUCCUUUGCAACAAAUAUUCGACCGCGAAACAUCAUUCUAGCAGUUUUGUUUGUGGAAAAGUCUCAAAUUAUAAGAGAAAUUAAUGUUCCUUGAAAUCUCAGAACCAUAGUUUACAACCUGCCUUUAAUAUAUCGACUGGAGAUUUUUUUAUGAAACAAUGAGGAAAAUAGUAGGAGGUAGAAGAUAGGAAGAUGUAACACAACCGCAUAUUUCUCAAUUAUUUAUUGUACUCGACUUUCAAUGAAUCAUAUUAAUAUGAGUCAAUUUUACUUAUAAGUAAAAGCUUACCACAUCUUUGUAAACUUCAAUAAAAAAAAGUGACUCCCUCAAUUAUUACAAUCUUACUUACAUCAUUGAUUGUCCAUUGAGUUAUGAAUAGCUUGUCCGAAAUGAAUUUGUUGAAUGUGUAUUAAAAGUUUCAUAUGUAUAUGAGUGAUAGCUUGCUCAAGUAACAUACCAAUAAAAGAAAAGUCGAAGUUCGACUUUGAUAUAAGCGCGUACAUCCUCUUAUCGGAAAGUUAGUCGAUCGCAUUGACAAAUAUGUCGAAGAGAGUAGCAAAUUAUAAGAGUUUAUUGUGUGAAUUUAAGUCUGAAGAAUAUGUUAAAUUGAAAAAUAGUUAUAAAAUGAUGAUUUCCUUAUUGUAUAUUACAUUAUUGUGUAUUAUAGUAUUUUAAAAAUUUAACAUCACUGUAUUAAGCUUUAAGGCAUAUUCCAGGAUGGAAUCCAUGACGCAUACGAUAGAAAGUGUGACAAUUCCCAUGCAUCGGGAUAUUUUGAGUGGUUUAAGGAAUGCAUGAGUAAAUGUUACCGCAGAAUUGUAGGAUAUCAGAUUUUACGUGUGCAUGAAUGUAACGAUGCGUGUAUACCUUGCGUGAAGUGUGUGCAAGCUCUUCCAUGUAUAAAUACACUUCUGGCAGCAGGAAAGUCUCAGUUGGAUGCCUCUUGAUACGACUACAUAUCAGUGGUUCGUGUAAUUUGGCUAGAGAAGACACAUCUCAAACGCGUUCACCAAGUAUCGCGCCGUAAAAUUUGAAUUUAUGAACGUGAUCUUCAGUGAGAUUCAAAUUGAAUCUUUCAAUUUGCCCAAACUGUGUGUGUAAAGAUAAUCAUAGUGAUACAACAUACAUUAUUCAAUAAAAAUUAUAGUAUAAAUUAACAGAUACAAGGCAUGAAAAAUAGGUCAUUGAGGACUUUCCUAUUGGAGUUAAUGAUACUCAUCCUAUUGGCUUUGGACAACAUGGUGCGAUCAACGGCGGUAAAUAGCAAUAAGAUUACUUUAUCUGAAGCAGUGAAAACGUCCAGCAUGUUUGUUUGUAAAAAACCACAAUUUCGAGCGUACCAUCUGAGAGACUUGAUGCAAAACGUACAUCAGAAUCCUGGGGAGAGUACCAUUCAGCCUGUUUAUAUUGUCGUAAAGCGAUGUGACGGACACUCCGGAUGCUGCAUGAAUUCAGAUAUGAGUUGUCUACCUGUACAAUCAGCGAUCUAUUAUGAAGAAAUUGAAAUUGAGGUAAUGAGUUACGAAACUAAUAACAGGACUAAUAACAGACGACAAUGGAUCAGCGUGGAACAGCAUGGUCAAUGUUCCUGUGAAAUGACCAGAAUCAGUGAUCGGUAUCGACUAGAGCAUCAGCAGCCUAACGUAACUUUAAUUUCAAAUUAGUUAAUCAGAUAGACUAAAGAGAGACGUUUCAAAAUAAGUGACUUUUGCAUAACAAAUUGUAAAUAUAACACACAGUAUUGAUUUAUAGAAAAGAUUGUUAAUGAAUCAAAAUAUGUAAUUAAGAAUGUUAAAGUUUUUAUUUUGUUUGAGUUAGUUUACUUUAAUUUACCGGUUUAGUUCGGAAACGUUUAGUGUAAACGUGUCUGAUGCUAUGUGCACAGAAACUUGGCAUACAGCCCAACAACGUGAUGAUUGUCUCUCCAACAUCAAAUUAUCAUAGAAUAGUUGAUGGACACCUGUUUUAAAAAAUAUAUAUAUAUAUAUAUAUGUAUGUAUAUUAUUAGUUCUGCUACGCAACGAAUUUAUACAACUUCUCAGGAAGUGAAAAAAUUUGACGAUCUAUUCAUAUUUAUAGCAAACUUCUACUUUCCCAUUAUCAGAAAUAUUAUGGAUUUAAUUAAGAAAAGUAGGCGUUCUAUAACAAUUAAAAAGUAAAUGAUGAAGUUAAUUUUCAUUUAAGUCAAUUUUCAAAGCAUAAGACAUUAAAGUUUUUCGUUGUUUUUUCAAACCACAAACGAAAAACAAAGAAAGAAGUAAAAUUAAAUUGACUUCAUUGAAAAUAUUCAGAUAAUAUCAUACAUAACUGACUAUAUGUAACUCACUAUACGAAAAUAAUAGACAAAAAUUAAUUAUUUAUGUAACUAGUCAUAUUUCGUGCUCUAUCUUACAAUUAUUUUUAACAAUAUUAAAAAGAAAUAAAGGGGACCAAAGUGUAUUAUUAUUUUAGAAAUCACUCUGACUCUUUUAGAAGAGGGGUUUAAUAUUCAUUAUUGUGAUAUUAUCAUAUUUAUAUAGUAGUAACAUCGAAAUCAUAGUACUGAUAGAUUUCGUUUUAAUUGUAUUGUAAAACAUGUAAAACUGAUAUUUAUUAAUCAAUUAUAUCUCCAGUAUUUAUACAUAUUUGCCAUAUUUUUUUAAUUCACUCGUUAUGUGUAAGUUUUUGCAAACAAUACAAGAUAUUUGAAUACUGAAAAAGUAUUAAUUAAUAAUGCUAUUUUAAAAUACGACUAAACUACACAAGAGACUGAUGUAUAAAAUAUAUUGUAUUAUUACACAUCUUCUGUGUGUGGAACGUAAUAAAUACCUUUUAUUUAUUCUAAUAGUAAAUUUCAUAAUAAAUGUCAAAUUCUAUUUAAGCAGAUACCAUAAGUAUACAAAUAAAACUUAGAUAGAUAUUUUAUAUUAUUUAUUGAUAGUUGGAAGUUGAAACAUAAUAUGUAAAUAUAUGUCUCUAAUGCUUACUUAUAGGACUGUUGAAAAAGAUAGUAGAAUUCAUACUUAAAUUUGUAAAAUACAAAAAAAGCAAUGCACUUAUAUAAAAUAAAAUACUUGUUACAUGUCUUGUCGAACAUUUUUAAUAAAAUAUUUAUGACGAA